UUCCCCAGACCGGAUAACCAAGAACUACGUAACAGUGAAUGUUUUUGUGGCCGGAUUCGGUUGAAUUCUUGGUUCUUCGGUCUGGAGGAAGUGAAAUUCUACCUUCCGGCAGGAGUUGACACAAAGCUGUCGGAUGCGGUCAGAAAAAGUUUGGUGCUACUCGGUCAACUAGAAACGCGCAACGGAACACGGUCCGGCUCGAAAAGAUGUCCUCGGCCUGGAUGAAGUUAUUCACCAAUGCCAGCAUUCCGUCGCAGGCGGCCGCCGGGUACGCAGUGUUUGUUGGGAACCGGAUCCAGAAGGACAUGCUGAUGGAUUUGAACAAGGAGUACCUGCCGGAGAUGGGCAUCACGACAAUGAGAGACAUUAUUGCCAUCCAGCGCCACUCGAAGACGGUGUGCGACCAGAGUGCCCGCGACCGGGUGCUGUCCUCGCAGUCGGCAGUCGUCGAGAAGCCAGAACUGCCGGAACACUUAACCAAUCUGGUUCCGGUGGCGGCGGUUUCCGCCACGCUGAGCAACCCAACCAAAUCGUCGGUGUCCCGCCCCAGCUCGGCGAAAUCUCUACCGAGCAAAUCGCGGAAUGGCUUUUCCGAGAACAAAAUCACACUUCCGGCUGGCGGCGGAUCUUCCACGAACAUUGUGCCCACCAUCAACGAGGGUUCGGACAAGAAAGCAUCGCUGGUCGGUAGCUUAGGCAAACGGAGUGCCGUCUUCAAACGGCUCGAGUGCAACUCCAAUGAAGACGAAGAGGAGGAUGGAGAAUUGGACGUCGACAUUGACGACGCCGGAAACGGACGGAAAUCGCCGAAGAAGAUGGCCUCGAAGGUCAUGCUCAAGGGUAUCGAGGCGCUUGGGAAGAGAAGUGCCAGUUCUGGCGGCGGCGGAGGUUCAAUCUUUUCGCGGCUGGGCGAGAAGAGCAACCAGAGAGAGCAGAGUGACGGAGCGCCCGCCGGGAUCCUGAAGAAGUCGCCGCAACAUCCCACCCGCAAACUCCCUCCCAAAACCCAGAACGUCACUCUGUUGAAGAAGAUCCCUGCCAAGACGGUCACGGCAGGUGACGACCAGUCGCUCUCCUCGCGACGGCGCAGUUUUGACCGCAUGAGCUCGGACAGCGAGCCGGCCAAAUCCGUAUCCUUCUCGAAGAGGGACGAAGUGCUCGAAAUCGAAUCCCAUCCCAUGUGCUUGCAGGAUCGGGAACUCCCGUUUUGGGCACGCAUAGGCGGCGGUGGCGCUAACUUCACAGCCGGGAAACGUUGAUCGCCCUUACCAAACCAACAGCAAACGGAGGCGUUGAUCUCCGGGUUGUUCCCGAUCUGAGGAAAAGACGGUCCGGCUAAAGUGCGCCCACUUCGCGAGCAAAGUCCCAACCUGAGCCCUUUUAGUUCGUUGACAAGACCCUCGGCCGAUGUUCCUGAAGACUUCCGGUCACCGAUCUACGUUGGGAGGUCAAUCAAAAGAGCGACGGUGACAGCUUGAACGGGAACCGGAAGCAAGAAGCACGAGGUAUCAUCGGAACUCCUCCGGCUGUCCGUGACCGGAAGUACGAAAAUAUUCAAACCGAAAAGUACAUCGAGAAGCUCUUUGUCCAGCUCCAGGAGAUUUAACCAGGCAGACUUAUACAGCUUUAACCUUCAUAGCCCCAAUCCGUGACUCAGAUGCAGUCCAUAAGUAGGAUACUGUAGGACAAGAUUACCCAAGAUUUGGUGGGGUAAUGCUGGAUCUCAUUACGGCGUCCAAACUGCUGCAGGACAGAACACCAAGGAUGAAGGAUC